AUGGUUGACGAGUUGGAUGAUGAUGGUCUGCGCUCUCUGCUGUCUCUUUGUUCUUCUGGCGCGCUGUCACUGUUCAUCCAUCUUGAUCAAAUGUGCCGCUCUGUGAUUUCUAUCGUUUCUUACAGGCUGUCUGUCAUACAUCAACAGACGCGCUGCGUCUUUUCACCAAACACGCUGUGUGAGCCCUUAACCUACGACGACGACGAUGACGACGACGUCGACGAUCACGAUGACGGCGAUGACGGUGACGGUGACGACGAUCUGCCCUCACACUGUCACCAGAAAAAGAAAGAAGAAGAAGGAACGUUUCCAACGUUGAUUUCGCACUCCCCUCCUCCGUUAUGGAUAAUGACAAGUUCGGCAGAGAAUUGA